AAUGAAUUGAUAACUCAACUUGAAAAAACACAACGUCAUUUGAAUCGAGAAUAUGGAAAUGAAUUGACUAUAGAUGACCUUGGUAAUGUGCAGCAUGAUAAUUGUAUCGAACAUUGUUUAAACUUUGCAUUUGGUGAUUGCAAUGAACAUCAUCCUAUUAGUUGUGAAAAUU